AAAUUAAAUGAACUCAAAACAAUAGCAUAUGACAGUAUGUCCAGCUCUACUAAAGGGAGACGAUUAGCCAGAUGAUUUCCCUCUUAAAGCUUAAAAUAGUAAUGUGCCAAAAAUGGUGAUUUAGAAAAAGAUUUUGGCUUAACCAAAUAAUGAAAUAUUAUAUGAGAGGUUGAAUUAGGAGGCGGAAAUUUUUAAAUAGAAUAAUCAAAUGUUAAAAGAUUACUACGAAUAAGAGGAAUUGAGACCUUGUUCAUUUGCUCCUUAAACAUUAAAUGACGGUUAGGAAAAAAGGUCACUUUAUUAAUUUUUAUUUGAUUAACAGAAUCACGUUCUUAAAAUAGAAUAAAAAUUAGAGUAAAUCAAAUAAAAUGAUAUGGAACGAGAUUUAUAACACCCUUAUCAUCCAAAAACUAAUGACUUUAACUUUUAAUCUCGAGAUGAGUCUAUUCCUACUUAUGAAAGAUUGUAUAAUUUAAAUCAAAAGAAACCUUCCGAACCAAAAAUGUAAUAAUCAGAAUCAACAGUCGAUUUCAAACCUGUAAUUCAAUAGAAAUCCUCAAAUAUAGUUCGAAAUCAAAAGGUUGAAGAUAUCCUUUAUUAAGAUGCACAAAGAAGGUUACAAAAGUAAAAGGAAACCUAGGAUAAAUAGAAUGCACCUAAGGUAGUAACAGUAAAUGUUAAAUAUACUUCAAAUAAUAGUGAGAAAAUAGUAGCUUAAAAGUUCAUUCGAGAAUUUGAGACAGUCAUAGAUUGGAUAUUUGAUUAAACAGGACAAGAAAGACCUUCAAAUGUCUCUUUUUCAAUUGAUUAUCUAAAGUUAGGGGAAAUCCUUCAGAGAUUAGGUUUCCUUAAUUAAUUGUAAGCUAAAGAAAAUAAUGAAAAAGCAGUUGAAUAUGAGAAUUUAAGGCUGUCAGAGGAAAGAGCUUUACUAUGUGAAAUAUGGACAGUGCUGAGAGGUGAUGAAUUAGGAGGAAUUAGCAAAAGAAAUCUUUGUUUGUUUUUAUUGACUUUGAUUGGAAUUACAGAUUUCAAAAUCAAAGAAUUGCCAUCAGCAUAGAAUGAGGAAUUACCAAAUUAUUAGAAAUCCAUUUAACCUCAAUAACAUAAGAUUGUUACUGCUCAUUAGCCUAAUGAUAGACCCAAAUUGGGAACUAUUGACAAAGAUGGAAAUAUAAUAUUUACAUUUGAAGAGACAAAAAAGAUAUAAAAACAAUUUGAUAUAUUAUAUAGAAAUAGAUUAGGUUGUGAAGAACUCAAAAAAACCAAUUGGAAAGAUGAAAAUCCUUAUAAACCAUAGAUAUUACCUUAAUCUAAACAAUUAGCCAGUUAGUAUAGAGAGAAAUUGUUAGAGGAAACUGCUACUUUAAUUGAUAAUUAAUUGAUUAAAGUCAAUAUUCCUGAAAAUGGAUAGAUUACUCAUGCCGAUCUAUUAGUUUUAUAGAAGAAAGCUGUGGAAUAUCAUAAGGAACAAAAGAAGCAAGAAAUAUUGUAAUAAUAAUUAGAUAAAUGUCCAUUCAAGCCACAAUUAUUGAAUAAUUAAAAUAAUGAAGAGAGAAAAAGUUCAUCUAAGAAAUAAGAAAAAUAUCUAUAAUUAUAUUCAUUAGCCAAACCAGCUACAUAGAAAAGAGAUAGAACAACUGAAGAGAUUGAAUACGAAAAACAAUUAGAAGAAUGCACAUUUUAACCUGGUUUAUAAUCUAAAAAUAGCUAAUAAUAAAAAUAGGAUAAUCAUUAUGUAAAUAAGGAUGUUGAUAAAACUGUUCAAAGAAUGAAAUAAGCAAGAUAAAGAAGAGAAGAAGUAUAAGGGAUGUUAGAGAGAGGGUAUAAAAGUAAUAAGGGUCCUUAAAAUUAAUAAUAAUAAGUUUAAUCUAUUUCAUAAAAGAAGGAUAGUAGAAGUGAAUCUUAAAAUCAACUAAAAUAGACAUCUCAAUCAUCUAGAUAGAAAAGUAUGUAAUCACAGGACUCUUAAUAAAUGAACACUUUUCAAUCUUAAAAUUUCCAUAUGGAUGAGUCAUAGCCAAAAGAAGAAUAAAGCAUUGUUAGAACUGGUAGCUGUAAUAUACAUAUAUGAUUAAUAGAAUAAGAUGAGAGAAUACCAUUGUUAUUUGUUGAUGUGAAUUUGGGACCAAGCAAGACUGAAAGAAUAGUUGUCUAUGAAGGAGAUUAAUCAUGUGACUUAGCAGCUAGAUUUGCUCAUGAACAUAGUAAAAAUAAUAAUUAAUUUAUUAGAUUUGGAUGAAUUUAUGUAAGAAAAAUUAAAGGAAUUGCUGGAUUACUAAAUAAGUGGAUUAUUAACAAAGAUAGAUGAAGAGGAAGGAGCAUUAAGUGAAAAUGAUUAAUGA